AUGGAUAAGAAGCGCAACAUUGUCAUUGUUGGAGGUGGCAUCAUUGGCUGCACCACAGCCUACUAUCUCACGCGCCAUCCAAAGUUCAACCCGGCCCUCCAUACAAUCACUCUCCUUGAGGCUGCCCCGUCCAUCGCCCCCGGAGCCUCCGGAAAGGCCGGCGGCCUCCUUGCCCUCUGGGCCUACCCUGACUGCCUGGUCCCGCUCUCUUACCGUCUCCACGCCGAGCUCGCCGCCGAGCACAACGGCGUCCAGAAAUGGGGCUACCGGAAGCUUGGCUGCGGCAGCUUCGAGGCCGUUGUUUCUCGCCAGAAGAUAGAGGCCUUGCAGCAGAAAGCCAAGGCUGAAGCUGAUGGCGAGAAGGCUUGGGAGAAGCUGCCUAAACAGAAUGGCGCCGCAAAGGAUUUACUCGAGCCGGGCAGCCUGCCUCAGGAUCUCGACUGGGUAGAUCGUGGCAUCGUCGACAACUGGUCUGAGAUGGGGGCUCCGGGGUCAACGGAGACGGCUCAGGUGCAUCCCUUUCACUUUACCACGGCCAUCGCAAAGCUCGCCCAAGAAGGAGGCGUAAAGAUAUGCACCAACGCCAAGGUCACCGGAAUAAAAUCGUCCAAAACGGGCGUUGAGAGUGUCGAGUAUCUGGAUCGUGAAAGCGACGAGACCAAGACUGUCGAUGCGGCAACAGACGUUAUCGUUGCCGCAGGCCCAUGGACGAGCCGGCUACUGCCGCGGGCAAAGAUCGAAGGUUUACGAGCACAUAGCGUUGUCUACGAGGCUGAAGUGAGCCCGUAUGCAGUCUUCACCGAUAUCCAGCUGCCCUCGGACUUUAUACCAGAACAUAGAGCGGCUAUGGGCCAAAAGAGACGACACAAGGGGCGCGUCGACCCUGAGAUAUAUGCCCGGCCCUUUGGCGAGGUUUAUGCCUGUGGAGAGCCCGAUACUUUGAUCCCCCUCCCAGACACAGCAGACCAAGUCGAGCACGACGAAGCUCAAUGCGACGACCUCAUAUCUUAUAUCAGCACCAUCAGCCCCGUCCUCGGGUCCGCCCCCAUCAAGGCCAAGCAAGCCUGCUACCUCCCGCGGCACAUGCGCUUCGGCCAGGAGGGCGGACCGCUAAUUGGAAAGACGACGACCCCGGGUGUCUGGGCCGCCGCGGGCCAUACCUGCUGGGGCAUCCAGAACGGGCCGGGAACGGGCAAGCUCAUGUCCGAGUUUAUCUUUGACGGGGCGGCGAAGAGCGCAAACGUGGACAAGCUGGAUCCGAGAAAGUUCAAGGUUUAA